AUGUCGGAAGGGAGUGUUGAACGCGCUGGAAGCAGACGUAACGAGGAGGAGCUCGCAAGCAAGCAGCUCAACAUUCAGUACAAGAGAUAUUAUGUGGAUGUAAAGCAGAAUAACCGCGGGCGCUUUAUCAAAAUUGCUGAGAAAGGAAACGAACUGAAGAAAGAUUCAAAUCUUUUCCAGAUGGGGUCGAACUACAAGUCGCGUCUCGUUUUAACUAUGUCUGCGGCUGUACAGCUGUGUGAGCAACUGGGCGAAAUGAUAAAGUUUAGCGAGACCUUACCAGAAGGAGCAGAAGGAAGCGCGGAAAAUGGUGCUCUCAAAUCGGAAGUGUUGGCUUUUGACUCAAGACGUUACUACCUGGACCUCAAAGAAAACCAGCGUGGGCGUUUCCUCCGCAUUGCACAGACUGUAGCCAAUCCGCGUAUGAGUCGUGCUCAGAUAGCUAUUCCAGCGCAAGGAAUGAUGGAGAUGCGUGACACUCUCCACGAAAUGUUGGAGAAAUAUUCGGAAGGUUUCUUGAAUGAUGGAAAUAGCACUGAUGCGACAAAGACUAAGCAGCUAACUGCUGACAACAACAAAACUUUUUAUUUCGACAUUGGGAAGAAUGACCGUGGAACAUUCGUUCGCGUGACUGAGGUUAAGCAGCCGGCUGGUUACCGUACCUCGAUAACCAUUCCACAAUCUGCUCUUGACAAAUUCCGCCAUCUACUUGAUGAUAUUAUCGAAGAUCUAGCAGCACCUGCAGCAAAGCCGCAGUUGUGUACGAGCAUGGUUAUUCUGACGAAUGAAAAUCCGCCUGGUUCCGAAAACGCUAUUCCUGGUCUCGAGCGAGUUGUUGAAGGAUGUCGCCUUAUGGUCAAGAUGACAACACAGAAUGAAUACAGGGAUGCGGAAGUUCUUCUCGUGCGAAAUGAUCCACCUCGCUUCUAUGUUCAUUACAUUGACUGCAACAGAAGACUAGAUGAAUGGGUUCCAGCGGAAAAUCUCAAUCUGGAAUCGUUAAGGAUGCCUCAAAAAGGAAAGAAGGGAGGCGUUCCACCAUCCGUAGAGAGUACUUCGGCUUCGGCCUCGCCUGAGCGGGAAUUAAGCAAGAAGAGCGCUGCAAUGCGAAAGCGGAAGGCAGCCACAAUGGACGAAGAUAGUCAGGACGGUAUCGGGCAGAACGGAGCUCCAAGCCAGCGAGGAUCCAUGUCGAUGGUCGGUCACAGUGAAGAUGCCUUGACAAGGAUACGUAAUAUCGAAAUGAUUGAGCUGGGAAGGCAUCGAAUACAGCCGUGGUACUUCGCGCCAUAUCCUCAGCAACUAGUCCAUUUGCCUUGUAUCUACAUUUGCGAAUUCUGCUUGAAAUACGUGAAAAGCCAGACUUGUUUGAAAACACAUAUGAAAAAGUGCUAUUUGAAACAUCCUCCUGGUAAUGAGAUAUAUCGUAACGAACAACUAUCAUUUUUCGAGAUCGACGGCCGAAAAAAUAAGGCAAGUUUAUAUUUUCAGACAUACGCCCAGAACUUAUGCCUUCUUGCGAAAUUAUUCCUCGAUCACAAAACCCUAUAUUACGACACGGAUCCAUUCCUGUUCUACGUCCUAGCGUUUUUAGAUGAUCGAGGGUUUCAUAUUGUCGGAUUCUUUUCUAAGGUGAGUUUCCGUUUCCUGUUUGUUUUUCAAAGUUAUAGUGACUACCCUCAAUUGUUAUCGGGAAGAACAGUGGAUCGGGGUUUCAGUAAGAACUUUUUCAGCUAUGAACUUUCGAAGGUGGAAGGCAAAACGGGAUCUCCGGAAAAGCCUUUAUCGGACCUAGGAUUGGUGAGUCAUUUCUUAUGA